CGUCUGACCGUCGACCAAUCGUCGCGCAAACUAAGGAAGGGGCGGGGCUCGUGCGCCUUAAGUUGGAGGCGAGCAGCGAAUCUGGUCCGCCUGCAAAUCAGAUUGUGUCUUGCUACUUCUAAGAUGAGCCGGUUCUUGAAUGUACUUCGUAGUUGGCUGGUUAUGGUGUCCAUAAUUGCUAUGGGGAACACAGUGCAAAGCUUCAGAGACCACAGCUUCCUUUCUGAGAAACUCUACACAGGCAAGCCAAGCCUUGUAAAUGGCCUCCAAGCUCGAACCUUUGGCAUUUGGACCUUGUUGUCUUCUGUGAUCCGCUGCUACUGUGCCAUUGAUAUCCGCAACAAGACCCUCUAUAACAUCACACUUUUGACCUUCUUCAUUGCCCUGGGCCACUUCCUCUCUGAGGUGUUUAUUUAUGGCACAGCAGCUGCAACGAUUGGUGUCCUGGCACCCUUAAUGGUGGCAAGUUUCUCCAUCCUGGGGAUGCUGAUUGGACUACAGUACCUGGAGGUAGAAACCACAUCGCAUAACAAGAAGCGGAAUUGACAUUACAGUACCUGUCUUCCAAUCUGCCCUCCAGUCAUCUUCCGGUGUCUACCAUAUUAUCUUCCUGAUCUUCUUUUUCGAGCCUGUACCCUACAGGGCAGUCAGAACAUUCUUAGAUUUUCCUAUUGGUUAUUUUAAUUGCCAUCAUUUUGAUAUGAGCAGAUAAUAGCAGAAAAAUAGUUUUGAGCAUUUUCUCCAAACUGGGUAUGGGGAGCAGUAUCUUAAAGCAUCAUGAGAUGUAGUAGAAAAGCCAAGAGAAGUUGUGCCAGGUGAAGGUUAUAGAUUCCCUCUCUUGACAUUCUGAUGGCAAAUGAUAGAAAAAGCAGUGCUGUCCAAAGUUUGAUGAAAGAGGGGGCAUGAAAUGUCUCCAUAGCCCUGGGCAUAGUUAUCCAUAAGUAUAGCUUGCCAUAAAUGAAAGGGAACUGAAAACUUGUGAAGAAGACCUAUCUCAUGUCUGACCUAAAUGCAAAGUACCUUAUAAAUUCUUCUUUUUGAAGAUUAAAGACUAAAGAGCGAAGCUUGGUCCUCUUUCCUUUAAGAGGCUACUUGUUUAGGUAACUGCUUUCUUCCAUCUUCCAGGAAACUGUUUCCUUUUCUCUGAAAAUAGUACAAUUCAUUUAAUUGCUGUUCUUUUCUGAACAUACAUGAGAACUGGAAUACUCUAGGCAAAGCAAGUACAUAAAAAGCCAAUAUUCCUGCCCAAACGAGGUUGAACUAGAAGACCUCCAAGGUCCCUUCCAACUCUUGUUAUUCUGUUAUUUAUUUCAAAAUAAAGCUGAAAACCCUUGUAAAAAAGAGGCUGCCAAGGCCAUAGAACAAAUAAGUAACUUUCUGCUUCUGAAAAAAGAGGCAAAAAAUGUGACUUUUUCAAUGUAAUGACUGCUGCUAUUGUAGUUAUACAAAGUAUCUGGUUCUAUCCUUCUAAAAUGGAAUGGACAUUAGUAAUGAAAUGGAUUCUACUUCUGUUCCUAUAUCUUCCCACAUAAACACCAAAUUUUAUUAUGUUUUUAUUCUGUUUUUUAGAGAGAUGGUUUUAAUGGUUUUUAUAUAUUAUUAUGAAUAUGUAUGCCACCCAGAGUAAUUGUGUGAGAUGGAUAGCUAUACAAGAGAUAGAUAGAUAGAUAGAUAGAUAGAUAGAUAGAUAGAUAGAUAGAUAGAUAGAUAGAUAGAUAGAUAGAUAGAUAGAUAGAUAAAGAAAUAUGCAUUGGAGAUCAGAGUAUAUGAAACAUUUUGGAAAUGCACAAAGAACUCAGAAGGGAUUAAUGGAAUCUUGCAUUGCAUGGUCAAAAAUAUCAUCUCAGAUGGUUGUAGCCCACAGUUAGUAUUUAUCUACCUCUCUUUACCAGUGUGUCAGAUGCUAACACUAAAUUGUGCAUAACUUAGCUGUUAAGACUGUCAUCUGAAAUGGCUAGACAGUCAUUGAAGCCAAUUAUAACAGAUGUCAGUUUGCUAGCAAGACCAGUCAAAAUUUCAAACAUCUAAAGGAAUAAUUUCUCCUACGUUUAUCUUCUUGUGCAUUAUCUUCAGAUGAGACUUUUCUCUUUUAAACCUAAAAAGAUAUAUCAUGCAUCCACAACAGAGAGGGCCUUUUCUGUGAUGGCAUCUUUUCUGCAGUGGACUGUGAAUGUACAGUUGACAUUAACAUGGUAUUCUUAACAGGUUUUAUUUCUCCAGCCACCUUAACUUGAAAUCAUUUUUUGUAACUGGUUAAAUGUGCCUCUCAAUUAUAUUAAUGUUUGUUGCUUUAAUAUUGUAUUGCAUAUGCUUUCUAUGCUGACUUUUGUGCAAAGUGCUUUAUACCAGUCGCUCCCAACCUUUUGGGCACCAGGGACCUGUUCUCUGCAGUGAGGUUUUUCUGUGGACCAGAAGAUGGCAUUUAAUUUCAUUGUACGAGGUGCAAUGACAAUAAAGUAAACUAAACUAAAGGGACAUGGUUUCACACCCUGCCUGCAUACUACGGAUGGGGCUUCAUUUGUUUGCACAGACUGGUUUCUGGCAUGCUGCAAACAAGUGCCGGGCCACGGACUGGAGUUGGGGACUCCUUCUUUAUACAUUUUUUAAAAUAAAUAUAGCUCCUUAUAAAUUAUUUUGGGUUGGGAUGCUCAAAGGCAGGUGUGUCAGCCUCAGCCAUGUCAAAAGUUCUGAAGAUGAUCACAGAAGCAGCUUAACCCAGUCUUCCCUAACUUAGUAACCAAAUAGUUGGGACUACAACACCCAUCAGCCCUAGUUAAUAUGGCCAGGAUAGUGGAUUGGAGGGACUGUAGCUGAAACUCUGAACAUUCCAGGAAGCCAUCUGAACUUUUCAUUGGCUAAGUAGUUCUUCCUACAUCCUAAAUUUCUUAGUAGUAACUCAGUUCUGUGAGGAACCAUUAAAGGAAAUCAGUAUACUUAGUCUGCAGAAAAAAACUGAGGGGAGAUGAUGUGUAGAAGAGGGAGUGGAAUUGUCCCAGAGGGCAGAACCAGAACCAGUGGGCUGAAAUUACAGGAAAGUAAAUUCAGAUUAGGUAUUGGGGAGGAAGUUCCUACAUACUCUGUAAUAAAUUGCCUCAUGAAAUUGAAUGUUCACUGGAGGUCUGAUGGCUGACACCAAGUAGAUAAUUUUGAUUUUUCAAUAUCUCCCAAUUCUAUGAAACUCUUGUCAGCUUCCCCAGAGGAUUGUUCAUUUUCAUUUUGCUGUUUAACAGAGCUUUGUAACUUAAAUUGUACUCACAGGAUAGAUAAGGGUAAGGAAUGAAAACACAUUGACUUUUUAAUGCAUGCUGAUAGGUGAAAUAAGGACUUUAUGGUACCUAGUAUUUAUUCCAGAUGAAUUACCUUACAGGACAUGUUAAGCAUAUGAAAUUAACAUAUGAAAAAAAAAUGUAAAUUAACUCUUAAACUAUUCAACUUAUAAUGUACUAACUUUGGUUCAUACAGCACGGUAAACUAAAAAGUGUCUGCCUGCUUUAUGGUUCAGAAUGUUGUGCUAACUUAGCCAAAGUGAUUAGUACUUGAAAAAACUGACAACAUAUGAAUUAUUUUAAAUUGUUUUAUUUUUUAAAUAAUCAUUUUCCUCAAGAGUUUUUGUGGCUGCACAGCUCUGUAAACUCAAGUCAAAAAUAAACUAAAACAUCAAUUACAUCACUUGAAUUGUCAUUCUUUUUUUAAAAAAAUAUGCAUCAGUGUUAAUUACUGCAGUGCACACUGGUGAUCUGAGCAAAAAUUGCAUUCACAGAUACAGCUAUUAACAAAAACAAUAUACGUCUAAUAACAUAUUUUGAGUCAAUAGUUGUUUUUAUCUACCCCUGGAAUUUUCUCUGGCAAUCCUAAAUGCAUAUGUAAUUGGAAGAAUUCAUAUCAAGUAUGGACUUGUUUCAUACAGGAAUGUCAGGAUUGAUCAUAUAUAACACAAGAAAGUACUUUCCUGGUGAACUUUUCUGAUAUAUUUUUUUACAUUUUUAGCAUAAGGAUGAAAAUACAAUAGGUUUUUUCCUUCUUUCCUGGCAUCUGCCUUCAAAUACUUACUUUAUGUAUUGUGUAAUACUUAUGAUUUCUUUUUGAUUUCCAAUUACUCUUCAGUUUGAAGUUAAUAAUUUCUCUGCUAGCAAUAAUACUGCUUCUACUAAAAUAUUAGUGAGCCUUCCUUAAACUAAGGACAUUAAAUUCCCCAGAGUGUUUAUCAGAGGCUUGUUAUAUUAGCACACAAUCUCAUGGUUAGCAAAACCUGGAUUCUGCGUCUUGUGCCUUUUAUUCCACUUUUCCUCCAUUCAGAAUAACCAAUUCUACACUGUACCAUCAUCCUCUUUGAAUAGCAAUUCCUAUACUGAUUCAAGAUGGUCCUGAAUUCUCUGGGAACAAGCUUCUCUUCAUCAGUCCAAGACAUCUUAAAUCCAUCUUGUCUGCUAGUAAUUCUUCCUGUUCCUCUUCAGUCAGUUUCUUCCUACAAGCUUCUUAGCCAUUUCAGCCCUCCUUCUCACCCACCCUCAUGGGGGAGACACUAUUGGAAAAACCCUAAUCGCUUCUUAGCUGUAUUGAAGCAUACUUUAGAUCUAGAUAGCCAGAAGAAAACUUUUGAAAAACACUGCACUUCAUUGAAGCUAGUGUGGCAACCAGGUGCAUAUAUCUGACAGGACAUUAAAAUUCAGCAGUACCCAAACUACUACUAUGACAUUAAAAUUAUACAAUUACAUAUUUGCAUCACAUUUAUUGCAAGAAGAUAAGUUACAGCAUUUGUAUGAUCACAUGAGCAUGUCAUCAUAUGUAUCCACAGAUGGACGCCCAUUAAUCUAAGGCUCCAAGUCCAAUAUGUUCAACUCAUUGCUGAGUUCACACAUCCAAGUUAAGUCACAAUGUGUUUUGAUAGGUGCGUUUGGCUUAGUGUAAACUAAUUCAGCAUUCUCUCAGAAUUGUUCUAUUAAAAUUAUUAAAGUAAUGUCUGGUUUGUUUUCACUGUAACUAUUCUCAGUAAACCCACCUAGGGCUGUUAACGUUUAGGAAGUAAUAAAAAGUCAAGAGUAAAUAUAUCACUUUCUGUGGUACAAUUAAUAUACAAGUUAUCUGAAGAAAAAUAUUAAGGGAGACA